UGCCGUUUGACGAUGCCACAGCCUACCCAGAAUUCCCUAAUCCAUGUCCUCCUGAUGUGGAUCGCCAUCCUGUCCAUUGUCCAGGUUGUGUUCAUCGUCCUCUUCUUCACAGCUGGACAUCACGGCAUGUCUCAGAACAGUAGCGCUGUAGCACCAGAGCGCCCAAUGCAAUUCCAGAAAAACAAUACACCUUCGGAGUCCCCCUCAGACCAUGGCCUUAUCUUGGGCAAAGGCAAAAUGCUCAUCUUUAAGGCCACUAAAGUCAACGGGAAAAUGAAAUGGAGGGCAAAGAAUCGAAAUCAGGGCCUGGUUUCAGAAGAGGACGGAGGAAAAGUUCUGAAAAUGAAGGGGGAUGGAUACUUCUUCCUACAUCUCCAGUUGACACUGUUUUCAUGUAAUGCAACAUGGGGAUUGGAGCAGACGGUCAGCCUGAAGAAGCUGCAGGAUGACAAAGUCGAAGACAAAGUCAUCCUGCAGGGUUGGUUUAACACAAAAACAUGCAGCACAGGCUUCCUCGGCAAGGUGGAGGAGCUUCAUGCUGGAAGCACCCUGGAGGUUAUCGUCAACCUGCCAACCACUGAGUAUUCCAUCAAUGAAUCUCUGACCUACCUGGGCAUCAUCUACAUUUAUGAGCCUAGAUGAAGCUCUGGUAUUUAUUUAUUCUAAAUGUCAUGGUCCAGAGCAACUGCCCAAAGAGAGUGUACUUAUUGAUUUCCCUUUGGAUCACCGGAUCAGAAAAUCACUAUUUCCUGCAGUCAGAGAGUUGACUAAACAAUGUAUUUCACCUACAGGCUUGGUCAAAACCUCACCCCUUUAAAUUGUUGUCUACUAAAAAAUCCACUCGAAAACAAGAAUUUACAUUGAAUGGACAACCAAUCAUUUUGGACAGCAAAGUAAAGCAGCUUCAGGAUCAGUCAACGGUUGACGUCAUCACUACAAAUCUGCUUCUCUGCUGUGUUGAUUGAGGGAAGACUUUUUCAAACCCAGCUGUGUUGUACGACAAAAAGAACAAAUGUAUACUGUUUGUUUGGGGGGAUUUUUGUAUUAGGAAAGCUAAAUUCUCAUUGCUCCUCGAAUAGCUUUUUAACAUUUUUAGUCAGUG